AUGGAGCUGCCAUUGGGCGGACCAGCGCUCCGGCACUACACCCAGAGCAGACCAAGACCUCAUCGACAAAAGCUGAAUUAUCGUCCCACCAGACUACAGGAGACCAUAAUUGAGUGUGAAAAUGAAGAUUUUGAGCUCAUGGGACGAGUUGAUGAAGGAGUUGAGGAAUUCUUUACAAAGAAAGUACUUCCCACUGAAACACUAGAAAAAGAAGAGGAUGAUGGGGAAGAAGAAGAAGAAGAAAUGAUCACAGUGCAUGAAGUGGCUCCUGCUAGCACAGGGAAGCCCAAUGCUGACACUCUACAGAUGAGAGAGUCUGUGGCUCCCCGCCGAGCACUCCGAGAAGGGAAGUCCCAGUCACUUAUCUUACUAUCUGGAUCAGCUUCUGGGGCCAGCCGGAACAAGAAACUUGAUGGCCAAAAUAGUUUUGAACAGAAACUUCAUUUAAUGCUGCAGCGUAUUGGAGUGUCUAAACCCCAGUCUGGAGAGACGCAGAACCAAGAGGGGGAAAUGAAAAAAGCAGAAUCUGAAGGUACAAUCAUUGACAAUAAGCCAGAACCACCUACUGCAAAGCCACGAACAAUGUCAGCAUCUUCAGACACUAGACAUCAACUUAGAUCCAGUGUAUCAGCCCAUGAGUCAGCAGGAAAACCUCCUCUACUUCCAAAACCAGUCAUCAAGCCUGGACCACCAACCACAUUAUCUGGACGAACCACUCCUGAGAAUGAACUAGGCCAAAUAGAAGGAAAGCCCAAUGGGCUGUUCUCAAAAGGCGCAGAGGCUGCUCCAGCUAGUCAAGUGUGGAGGCCAAAGCACCUGCAGAUAAGGGAGAGCAAGACUGCACAGCCACCAUCACUGCAGAAGCCCCUACUGAGGAGAUAG